GUGGAGGCAGUUCGUCAGUUAGUCAGUCAGAGAGAGUCAGAGUGAGCCUGCGACAGAAAAACAAGCGAGGAGAGAGCGAGUAUUACACGCUCCGUCCGGGAUUGUAAAGAAAUAAAACAAUAACGACACAGAAGGACAUGUGGAUUUAAACGUCACUCGCGUCGCGUUAGCUGCUCAGUUUUUUUUGGCUAACUGCUUUGUUUUUUUAUGUUAAAUUUCUGUGGCGUGUUGAGUGUGUCGCCGUUGGUCCAUUCUCUCUGGAGUGAACACUAAGGGGGACUCCAUGAAAGAUGACAGAGGAGGUGAUUGUUGUAGCCAAGUGGGACUACACGGCCCAGCAGGACCAGGAACUUGACAUCCGUAAAAACGAGCGUCUCUUCCUGCUGGACGACUCAAAGACCUGGUGGCGCGUCCGCAACGCCGCCAACCAGACGGGCUAUGUGCCGUCGAACUACGUCGAGCGCAAGAACAGCCUGAAGAAAGGCUCGCUGGUGAAGAACAUCAAAGACACUCUGGGUUUGGGAAAAGCCAAGCGGAAGCCGAGCGCCCGCGAUGCUUCCCCAACACCGAGCUCGGACACAGAGUAUCCCUCCAACGGCAGCGGAGGAGGUGGAGGAGGAAGAGGAGGAAGAGGAGGAGGUGGAGGAGGUGGAGGAGGUGGAGCUGAGAGAAUCUACGACCUCAACAUCCCCGCCGUGGCCAAGUUUGCCUACACAGCAGAGCUGGAGGACGAGCUGACCCUGGUCAAGGGAUCCCAGGUGGUAGUGAUGGAGAAGUGCAGUGACGGCUGGUGGCGGGGCAGCCAGGCCGGCCACGUGGGCUGGUUUCCCUCCAACUACGUCCAGGAGGAUGUGGGAGGUCCAGACGACGGAGGAGAGGCAGAUGCCUCGCGGGGCUUCCAUGCAGGCCCGCAGGGCACUCUGCUGGCCAACGGGCGCGCGGGCGGUCACGCCGCCGUGCUCCACCUCGUUCAGACGCUCUACCCCUUCAGCUGCGUCACGGAGGAGGAGCUGAACUUUGAGAAGGGAGAGGUCAUGGAGGUGGUGGAGAAGCCCGAGAACGACCCGGAGUGGUGGAGGUGUAAGAACUCUCGUGGCAUGGUGGGCCUGGUGCCUAAGAACUAUGUGAUGGUGGUGGACGAGCUGCCGCCCGGCCGGCCCCCCACGACCUCCAGCUCCCCGAAGAACCGCACCUUGGCGCCGGCGCGCUCGGGCAAGUUCGCCGGCAGGGACUGGUACUACGGCAACAUCACCCGGCACCAGGCCGAAUGUGUGCUCAACGAGCGCGGGGAGGAAGGCGACUUCCUCGUACGAGACAGCGAGUCAUCGCCCAAUGAUUUCUCCGUGUCCCUGAAGGCAACGGGGAAGAACAAGCACUUUAAAGUGCGUCAGACGGAGGGAGUUUACUGCAUCGGCCAGCGCAAGUUCGGCUCCAUGGAGGAGCUGGUGGAGCACUACAAGAAAGCCCCCAUCUUUACCAGCGAGCACGGCGAGAAGCUGUACCUCGUCAAAGCGCUGCUGUGAUUCCCGCGUCCUCACACUUACACUGGAUCACACACACACACACACGCAAACACACGAUACUAACACCCGCUCCCUAACUUGUCUUAACUCCAGCCUGAGCUCUGACUCUUGUUCGUCUGAGGACGUCUCCGCGGCCACGUCCCUCCCCUUGUGUGACGACUGAGGCCUUGGCGAGGGUCCCGCUCUCCUUCUGAUGUCAUAAAAACACAACAGAACAGAAACGGAUGCUUUCUUCCGCAGACGUUGUAAGUUGAAACCAUCGCUCUUCAUCCCACACAGACAUUAUUAGACGCUGGCUAUGGUUUUUACUUUGUCCACUUCUUCUAAAUGUAUGUUCCUGACGCUAACUUAAAUCCCUCUCUGGAGGUUUUUGACUUCACAAAGUGACCAGAAUCGCUCUCUUGCCUUUUAUUUUUUUUUCUCCUUAUUGUGUUCACCAUUCCUCAUAAAAAAAUAUAAUUUCUUACACGAUGUCUUAUCUGUCACCGUCUCCACUCAUCAUUAUGAUUCUUAAUAAAACCUGGUCACAGCACUUCAAUCAUUCAGU